CCCGCGCCCACCUCAAAAAUGGCCGACAAUCUUCCGCACACAGGCAUUCCUGCUAAGCCUGCCCCUCUCCCAAAUAACCACCCUGAGCUUACAGAUAGCUUGAAAUUCCUCUCGUCCUUCACCGGAAUGGGCGUGGACAAGAAGACCCUCCUCGCAAUCGACAAACAAAUGACCGCCUCUCUGGACCUCCAGGACGGGACUCUCCUCGGGCGAUUCCAGUCGCUGGUCGCAUCGUGGCAGAUCACUGCAAUUCAGCAUCUAGAGUUUUUCGAGGAUGAGGUCGGGGUGGACCUCGCGAGACCUGCGAAGGAGCAGCUUGUGAAGAUGCUUGAGGUUUCGUAUGAUAUUAUCAAGAGUUUGGCUGCGGGUGAGAAGGCUGAUAAGGUUGGGGAGGAUUCUAGAGUGGUUGGGGCUAAUGGGGUAGCAGCCAGUGAGGUAGCGAUUUUGGACGGUUGUGUCAAGUUCUCUUCGGAUAAGUUCAGCAAAUGCACUGAUCUUCAAGGGUAGGAAGAUGAACAUUUGGAUUACAUUGGCGGUCUGGGCAAUUCAGCCUCCUCGAUCCGGAAGAGGAUGGGCGCAAGGGAGAUGCGCCUAUCGACACCUUGUUGGAGGAUCAGGUGUACUCUAUCCGCUUGGGUUGAAGAGACUCAAGUCCAGAUAUACUAUGCUUCUCCCCUCGCCACGGCCACAGUCCUCUUUAUUUGGCUAGGUGAGGGUUUCGUAUCCUUUCUCAAUGGCG